AUGAGUCUCGAUGGAGCAAUCUACGCCGAUCACUUCUUUUUGAAACUCUCAAGAAAGUCGGCAACCAUUCCAUUUUGUCAGAUGCGCCAUUUGUAUGCAAGUCUUGCAGCUGAGCAGAGUUUACUACAAACCUGCACCAAGACUAACACACCACUAGACAAACAUUUUCGUAUUGCUAUCAACAGGCAAAGUUUACACUCCCCUGACCACUUCCAACGCUUUUACGCAUCUGUGUGCAAUAAGAAAGGUACCUGCUUGACCAGGUCCACGCUGGCUAAGCACAUUUUGCCUCGCCCGCAUCUCAAUCUUGCCAUGGCAAUCAGACAAUGCCGUAUCCCGGUGACAGGCAAACAAUCACGAGUGCAAAGCCGCUAA